AUGCUGGCCGGCACCGGAGACGAGGGACGCACGGCGGACGACGGCGUUUUGCCUAUUCAACCCGCAAACCACUCGCGCAGCAUCCGGAUUGGAUCAACGCGGCGGCUCGAGCGGCUGGCAUGGUGCAAGGUCGUCCUAUCGUGGGAGCACGACCCGGCCGUGAAGAAGCCGGCGGAAGCACGUGGUGGUGGCGUGUGGGAGGGCCAGAGGAAGGUGCCGGCGCUGGCGAGGCGGCUGUCGGUGCCGCCGCCGCCCGGCAGGCCGACGGCGAGGGGCUUCUCGAGGGCCGUCUGGCCGGAGGACGACCCGUUCCUGGCGGCGUACCUGGUCUGCACCAAGAGCGGCGGCGAUGGCGCGAAGGAGAAGGCAGGCGGCGCCGCGAGGGAGCCCAACAAGGUUCAGUGGCGGUGGGGCGUGCUCGGGCGUGGGCUCGGCGUGCUGUCCUGCAAGCGGUCCAAUGGCGUCGUCGCGCAGAGCAUGGUGAGGCUGUCCAAGCUGCCCGAGCUCCACCCCGGGGAUGCUUAA